GUUGAAAUUUUCGUCAUCACGUCCUGUCAACCCUAUGCCUCUGUCUUGGAUGGUAAAUGAGAUGAACUCUUCUGAUUAAAUGGGAUUUAUGCCAAUUUGUGAAAUAUAGUCUUCAUAUUUGAUAAGCAAAUAGUUUGUAAUUGACAUUGCGGCACUUGAAGAGCUUGAAGACAUCAAAGGAAAUGACAGAAACGUAUGAUUUCCUUUUUAAAUUCUUGGUGAUUGGAAGUGCAGGAUCAGGGAAAUCCUGUCUUCUCCAUCAAUUUAUAGAAAACAAGUUCAAGCAGGACUCCAGCCACACCAUUGGGGUGGAGUUUGGCUCCCGGGUGGUGAUGGUCGCCGGUAAGACGAUCAAGCUGCAGAUCUGGGACACAGCUGGACAGGAACGAUUCCGGUCAGUGACUCGCAGUUAUUACAGAGGGGCAGCAGGGGCUCUCCUGGUUUAUGACAUCACCAGUCGGGAAACGUAUAAUGCCCUGACCAACUGGUUGACAGACGCUCGAACGCUGGCCAGUCCAAACAUUGUCAUCAUCCUGUGUGGGAACAAGAAAGACCUGGAGGCUGACAGAGAGGUCACCUUCCUUGAGGCAGCCCGCUUCGCCCAGGAGAACGAACUGAUGUUCCUGGAGACGAGUGCCCUCACCGGAGAGAAUGUGGAGGAGGCCUUCCUUAAAUGUGGUCGCACCAUCCUCAACAAGAUAGAUUCAGGUGAGUUAGACCCGGAACGGAUGGGCUCAGGGAUCCAGUAUGGUGAUACAACGGUGAGACAGCUUCGCCAGUCGCCACAGGCUGGCUCAGCACAGGGCAGAGAUCAGUGCAACUGUUAAAGGCUAAUGCUAACCUAGCUCUAAGACACACAGAACCCAUGUCUCCAGGCCCCGAUGUAAAUCUAUCUUCUAACAGUCUCUGCACACUCAGGCCUUUGGAGGACUGCCCUGUGACUCUUGACCCCUGCACUUGGACUACUUCUGGAGAGACCCUGUGUAAAAAUGUGGGCUCGGUUGUCACGGAGCUAUCUGGGUUGUCACGGAGCUACUCUCCUCCAGGCCUUUCUCUCUCUGACUACUGCUCCAGUCCGUGUCGCCAGGGAAUACAAGUGACAUCAGCAGAGAGGACUGAUCAGUCACAGAGCCAGGCCAAUGGACACACACAGGACAUUUGUUUUCAAUGUUUUUACUCAGAAGCAGCCACAGCAGCUCACAAACCUCUCACUGUUCAAACUCUGAUGGUGUAAGGAGAACAUCAGACGUUAAUUUGUGUCUAAUCUCUAUAAAAGUUAAGCCUAUUUAUUGGUUGUGUUGAAAGCUGUAAGAUAUUGUAAAUAUAUCAAAAGGAAAUAUAACAUUUAUGUGAUAUUUGUGUACAAUGUUUUAAGAGACUGAAAAAAAGCUGGGGACUUGUUGUAGUCACCGUGUACACAUACUGUAAUGUGUGAAUGUGUGUGUGAAAAUUGUUACAACGUUAAAGCUGGAAUCCUUAUCGGUGAAACAUCUUGUUUGCUCUAUUACAACAACAAAGAAGUUACUUCAAACAAUGAACACUGUUUUUCCCCCUCAGACAUCAUUGCAUGGCAGAGGAGGCUGGUGGGAGGAGCUGUAAGAGGAUGGGCUCAUUGUAAUGGCUGGAAUGGAGUAAAUGGAACAUAG